GGCUCCUUUAAAACUACAUAUCCCGAUGGCCUCCGCCAAAGGGGCGGAAAUAGGUGACUUGUCCAGGUCAGGGUUUCAACUAGGCUCUUUGAAGUUUUAAGUUUCCUACCGGGAUUUAAGGCGUUAAGUACUGUGCUGGGGGCCUGGCUCGUUCUUCCUUGGCGGAGCCGUGCAGGCUGUCGCCUUUGUGACUGACCCGACGCAGCUCGUGGUUCGUGUGGUCCGGGGACCAGCGAGCCAAGGCUGAAGCGUUCCAAGGGAGAGCAUGUUCGGCCGCCUCCCUCCUUGCGCGUCCAGAGUGCGGGCGGGCGCCUUGGUCGGAGCUCUCGGGGCUCGGACGUGCGGCUCCAGUGGGGCGCAGCGGCAGGGAUCGGCGCCCGAUGAAUCUGGGGCCGGCCUGGCGCGUGGGGCUCUGAGGGAGUGGACGCUGCAGGUGAGCCCGUUUGGGCGGCUGAGGGCGCGGCUCCCUUGCCACCUGGCCGUGAGGCCCCUGGAUCCCCUUGCGCACCCGGACGGCGACCGCGUGCAGGUGGCGGUGUGCGGCGUGGAGCACGGGGCGCGCGGCCUGGACAGCCUGCAGGUCAAGUAUGAUGCUGCUCGGCAGGAGAUGGCCAUUCUGUCGGACGACAUCGACCCCCAGGCGUCGGUGGAGGUGAACGCACCCGUCAAAUAUGAUUUGAACAUUGAGUCAUCAGGAUCUGGCUCUGUGAAGGUGCAGAAUAUUGAAUGUGAUAGCUGUAAAAUCGACACUGAGCAGGGGACCAGCAUCCUGCAGUCUGUGAAGAGUCAAAAGUUGCAUGUUCAAACCAAAGGAGGCGAUGUGAUCUGUUGUGGAACAGUUUACGGAAAUAUAGAUAUUCACGCCUCGGAUAAAAGCACUGUGAGCAUAGAGAAACUUCAGGGAAGUUGUGUUAAUAUAUCUACGGAGGAUGGUUUGCUGCAAGCCAAGUAUCUUUAUACAGAAUCUUCCUUUCUGUCUUCUGCUGCUGGGAAUAUUGCACUAGGAAAUGUUCAUGGAAAUAUCAUCUUACAAAGCAAGAUGGGUAACAUAACAGUGGAUUCGUCCUGUGGAUGUCUAAAAGCCUCCAGUCAUCAGGGUGCCAUAGAUGUGUAUGUCAGUCAGCUGGGGGAAGUGGCACUGACGACAGAAGAAGGUUCUAUUGCUGUCAAGGCCCCAUCUUCUCUACAAGCUUAUUUUAAAUUAUCAGGCAAAGAGGUAGUUGUGGAUGAAGAAGCUCAUGUUCAGGAAAUGGCCAAAGACUGUAAAGGUGAUGGUGUGACAGUUACAGGACUCAUGAAUCAAGCAAGCAAACAUGAGAGAUGGAUAAAUGCCAUUGCCCCCAAAGGCACUGUAAGGUUCCAACAUCAGAGCUGGUUUCAGUCCCUGAAACUGCCGGACUGAGCGUGGUUCCAGUGCAUUUGAUUUUUGACGUGGACUAACAAGCAGACACCAGUGUUCAUAGAAACAUAAAAAACAACAGCGUUGCCCGUGAGUACUGGUGAAUGGUUUCAGGGCGCUUCUGCAAAAUGUGUAUGUAAUUCCGCUAUUCAUUGUCUGUUGUUCUGUUCCAAAUUAUAAAAGUCCCCAAGAUAUGUCUUAGGACCUCCAGUGACACCUGAAACCGCAAACAGUAUCAACACUGUACACUGUGGGGGCUUUGUUUUUAAUAUAAACACAUACGACAGCCGAAUGCCUUUUCUAUACAACUAAGCAGUUAUUUACUCUGGCCAAAGCCCUUACCAGUUUAGUUCCAAUAUCAAAACUAGAUGCCUUUCUUUUUCUUCUUUACAAGUUCACAAACAGUGUGUCCACCCUGACUGUAGGGCCUAGCAGCUUCAGCAGAUGAUUUUCUUUUUUAAUUUUUGUUUACUAAGUUGAUAUCUUUUACCUUUUUCCUAAAGCACUUUUUGGCUUCUCUUUGUCAGAGCUAAAUGCACAUAUUACUGUGAUUGUGCUUUAGUGCCAUUACUAAGCUAAGGCUUCUUGAGCCCUGGUACUGUAUGCUACUGUGACAGUUUGAUGGCCUCGGUAACUACUGAGUGACUAACAGAUGGUGCACAACCAGCAUGCGCGUACUGGCAAAGGAAUGCCUGGCAGCCCAAAUGCAAUGGCAGAUUUCCUCACGCUUCUUCACUGAAGAAAUAAAAUACAGAACCUUGGAUGGGGGCAAGAGAACAGUUCUACCACAGAUUUAAUAACAGAGUCAGAUAGCACUCCCUCACCGGAGUCUAUGUAGUUGCUUAUGCUGGGGUUUCGCUCAAGUGUAUCACAUGGCCAGAAUAAAAGUGUUGUCCAGGCUGAGGAUGCUAUCUGGGAGCUGCGGGGAGAACUCUGCCGAGAGUUAUAGGAAAAAUCGGCUUCCUUAUACCUGGAUGAUGUAAUUUCUUGCUGGCUUCAGCUAAUGGUCACCUCGUCUUCUAAAGACGACCACAUGUUCACCUUCCUUCUGCGGCCCCUCUUCAGGCAAAACACAGAGUCCUUCUCUCAUGCCCUGAAUGUCUGACUUUCUUAUAAGCUGGAACAAUCUCUGCUUGGUUGGCCAAGUUAUUUAACAUGAUUAUGAGAAUAUCCUAGGUAUGUACACAACUCCCACUAGAGAUGGUUAUGAAAAGGUGGCAGCCAUUGGAGUCAGCUCAGGAUUCCUGGUAUCAGAAUUCCCAUGGGACAGACUGCCCUCUUACUGUGUCCCUCCUGAGUCAUCACUGCCUCCAACUUGUGAAUAAACCCUUAUGUGGGGGAAGCCGAUGCUGCCAGGUUUUAGUUGGUCUUCAGUGCGUUAGGAUGGACCUCACUGUGGGAAAGAGCUGCUGUUCUGUCAGCUGACUAUGAAAGUGCAGGGCACGUUUACAGCGGUGUGCUUUAGAGAGUCACUUCAUGGAUUCCAUUUCUUUAGAAAUGUCGACUGUAACAUUAAAAACUAUGCUGUAUUGAGUAGAUCAGUUGGUUGGGUUGUGUAUUUUGAUUUAGAUAAAUCAGUGAUAUUAAAUAAACUUUUCUAAAUAUGA